AUGACCUCCAAGCUCGCCCAGAACCUCAAACAGCCGGCGCUGGACUUUUUGUCCUUCGUCAAUGCCUCCCCAACCCCAUUCCAUGCUGUCCAGUCUGCAAAGGAACUGCUUGUAAAGGCAGGAUUUCAGGAAAUCAAGGAGAAAGACUCCUGGGCUUCCACCUGCCGUCCUGGCGGAAAGUACUACCUGACUCGCAACAGCUCGACCAUUGUCGCUUUUGCUGUCGGUAAGAAAUGGAAGCCUGGCAACCCUAUUUCCAUGGUCGGAGCGCAUACCGACUCGCCUGUUCUGAGGGUCAAACCCGUCAGCAACAAGCGCGGCGAGGGUUACAUGCAAGUUGGUGUGGAAACGUAUGGAGGAGGCAUCUGGCACACUUGGUUUGACCGUGACCUCGGGGCGGCCGGUCGGGCUAUGGUGCGGAUGGCCGACGGUUCCAUCGUGCAGAAGCUGAUCAAGAUCGAUCGUCCAAUUCUGCGCAUCCCCACCCUGGCCAUCCACCUUGAUCGCCAGGAGACCUUCUCGUUCAACAAAGAAACCCAGCUCUUCCCGAUUGCUGGCCUUGUCGCUGCGGAGCUUAAUCGCACUGGUGGCGACUCCAAUGGUGCUGAAAAAGACACCCAAAAGGCAGCGGAAUCGAGCACAGAAUUCUCGCCUUUGAAGUCGAUUACCGAGCGCCAUCACCCUUACUUCGUGGAGCUUAUCGCUGCCGAGGCUGGUGUGAAGCCGAUCGAUAUCCUGGACUUCGAGAUGAUCCUGUUCGACACCCAAAAGUCCUGCCUCGGUGGCCUUCAGGAAGAGUUCAUCUUCUCUCCCCGUCUGGACAACCUCAACAGCUCCUUCUGUGCUACCGUUGGCUUGAUCGACUCAGUUGCAGAUGCCUCUGCCCUGGAUGAUGAACCAUCGAUUCGCCUGAUUGCCUUGUUCGAUCACGAGGAGAUCGGCAGCAGAACUGCCCAGGGCGCCGACUCUAACAUGCUCCCGGCCGUAAUCCGCCGUCUGUCGGUCCUCCCCUCCGCUGCCGCUGGCAAUGAGGAUGUUUCUACCGCCUUCGAGGAGACCCUUUCUACCUCCUUCCUUCUUUCGGCCGACAUGGCCCACGCCAUUCAUCCGAACUACUCGGGCAAGUAUGAGUCCGACCACCGGCCGGAGAUCAACAAGGGGCCUGUUAUCAAGAUCAACGCCAACGCGCGCUACGCCACCAACUCCCCGGGUAUCGUACUCCUCCAGGAAGUGGCUCGCAAGGCUGCAGAGGGUGGUAGGGAAGGAGUCCCACUCCAGUUGUUCGUUGUGCGCAACGAUUCCAGCUGUGGAAGCACGAUUGGACCUAUGCUGUCUGCAGCUCUGGGAGCUCGCACAUUGGAUCUGGGUAACCCCCAACUCAGCAUGCACAGUAUUCGAGAGACGGGCGGUACAUACGACGUGGGACAUUCUAUCCGGCUUUUCACCAGCUUCUUCCAGCAUUACUCUAGCCUGUCCAAGACCAUUCUUGUUGAUUAA